AUGAAACUCCAUUGCCUUAUUUCUGUUCUCCUCCUCUUUGUGAUUUUAAUACCAAAAGGAAAGACUGGCAUUAUUCCGGGACAAAAACAUAUUGCAAUGAAAGGGGUGUGCAGAGACAAACUAUGCAGCACACUAGAUGAUACCAUUGGUAUAUGUAAUGAAGGAAAAAAAUGUUGUAGAAGGUGGUGGAUACUUGAGCCCUAUCCAACUCCGGUUCCCAAAGGAAAAUCUCCUUAG